AUGUCCUCUCAAAUUUUUUUAAAGACUUCACAAGACAUUGAAUUAUUUCAAGGUUACCCAAAAUUCGAUCAAAUUAAUACCACUGCACAACAAGAAAUUGUAUCUUUAAAUGAGGGCAAAAAACAAACCAAUGUUAUUGCAUCUACAUUGUCGCCAUGUGGUAGAUUUUUGGCCUAUUCAACAAAGAAUUCUUUAAAGGUAUUCCACAGUGAAUCUCUAGAGACCUUAUUAUUUUCAAUAGAUCUAAAAGAUGUAUACGAUUUACAAUUCUCACCAGCAGGCAACUUCCUUAAUACUUGGCAAAGACCAGCUGUCGAUGAUCCGAAUGAUAAAAAUGUUAAAAUAUGGUAUUUAAACAAAGAAUUUAGUGAAAAUGCUGAUAUUAAUCCAGUUUAUGAAUAUCAAUACAAGUCUCAAAAUUCUUGGGCUUUGCAAUUCUCGAAGUUGGAUACAUAUGCCAUUAAGUUAUUUUUAAAAGAGAUUAGAAUUAUUAAGUUAGAAAGAGACAAUGUCAAGUUCAAUUUUGACCAACCAUACGCAACUUUACCACAGCCACCUGAAGGUCAACCGUUUUCAACUUAUUUAAUUUCUCCUGCUGAAUUCCCAACCAUUGCUACUUUUAUUCCUGAAAAGUCGGGUAAACCAGCUCAAUUAACCAUCUGGCCUAUCAAUGAAGGUAAAAUUGUAAAAAAAAUCGCCACAAAAUCAUUUUUUAAAGCAGAUUCAUGUCAACUAAAAUGGAAUCCACAAGGUAAUGCUGUGUUAUGUUUAGCAAUUACCGAUUUUGAUGCUCAAAAUAAAUCUUAUUAUGGUGAAAACACUUUGUACUUAUUGUCCUUCCAAGGUGUAAACGGUACUUUAGGCAGUAAUUCUGUCCGUGUGUCUUUGACUAAUGGACCAGUCCAUGAUUUCACAUGGUCCCCAACUUCGAGACAGUUUGGUGUUAUUGCUGGUUACAUGCCUGCCACUAUAUCCUUUUUUGAUUUAAGGGGUAAUGUAGUUCAUUCGUUACCACAACAGUCAAAGAAUACUAUGUUGUUCUCCCCAACAGGUAAAUACAUUUUAAUCGGUGGGUUUGGUAAUUUACAAGGUUCGGUAGAAAUUCUUGAUCGUCAUAACAAGUUCAAAUCUAUUGCCAAAUUUGAGGCUACAAAUACUUCUGUUUGUAAAUGGUCUCCAGGUGGUGAAUUUAUUAUGACUGCCACCACAUCACCAAGAUUAAGAGUUGAUAAUGGUCUCAAAAUAUGGCAUGUUACUGGUUCGUUGAUAUUUAACAAAGAAUAUAAAGAACUUUUGAAAGUUGACUGGAGGUAUCCAUGCCCUUUUAAAUUAAUCAACGGCAGUGAUUACAUUGUCAAGGAAUUUUCCAUCAAGGAUACAGUUUUGGAAGAAAUGAACGAUAAACUUGAUCCAAAAUUAAGUAAAAACCAAUUACAAAUUCACCCUAGUGCCGUGGGCGUUGUUGUCAAAAAGAAACCUGUAUCUUCUGGAAGUGGAAAAUCUGGUGGUGGAUAUAAACCACCUCAUGCAAGAAGAGCUGCCGCUAAUGGAGGUCAAAGAGUGGUCCCAGGUUAUACCCCACCUCCAGGUUCUGGAAAUCAAAAAAAUAAAAAACAAAAUGCCCAAACAUCCCCAAAGAGUAGUACCUCUACAAUUUCACCAGAAGAGAAAAAAAUCAGAUCUCUUGUUAAGAAGUUAAAAGCUAUAGAAACUUUAAAAGAGAGACAGAAGAACGGUGAUAAGUUGGAAAUUACUCAGGUACAAAAAAUUGGCACUGAAGAAUCUGUUAGAGAAAGCUUAGAGGCUCUUGGCUGGAAAGAUGAACAUUAG